AUGCGUGUGCUUGACUUUGUAAAACCAUUUGCUCCCUUUCUUCCAGAGGUGCAAUCAAGCGAUAGAAAGAUCCUCUUCCAAGAGAAACUGAUAUGGACACUUAUUGCGAUUUUAAUAUAUUUUGUGGCAUCGCAAAUACCCUUAUUUGGCAUUAUGAUAAACGACAAAGCAGACCCCGUGUACUGGCUGCGGGCCAUGAUGGCAGGAAACAGAGGAACUCUGAUGGACCUCGGGCUCGGGCCCAUUCUGAUGACAAGCUCAAUCACCCAGUUCCUCAACUUCAUAGACAUACUGAACAUAGACGAGAAUAUAAAGGAAGACUCCAUUCUUUUUUCGUCCUUCCAGAAGCUGCUUGCCCUUGUGAUAACAUUCGGCCAGGCUCUCGUGCAGGUCUCGACAGGGUUCUUCGGGAGCCCCUCCAACCUCGGCUUUUCCGUGUGCAUUCUGAUCGUGGCACAGCUCAUGUGCUCUGGCGUGAUAAUCAUCCUCCUCGACGAGCUGCUGCAGAAAGGGUACGGGCUGGGAUCGGGCGUAAACCUCUUCAUUGUCGCAAACAUCUGCGAGUCCAUCGUAUGGAAGGCGUUCAGCCCCUCUGUCUACAACACAGGAAAAGGCCCAGAGUUUGAAGGCGCCAUUGUGAGCCUUCUGCAGCUCUUGAAAAUAAGAAAGAACAAGCUGGAGGCGCUGUACGAGGCAUUCUUCAGAAAGAACCUUCCAAACAUUUUCUGUCUUCUUUCCACAGCUGCGAUGUUCUGCGUUGUGAUCUACCUAUACAACAUCAAACUAGAUCUGCCCCUGGAGUCCACCCAGGUGAAAACACGCCACAUGAACUGGGGCAUUAAGCUGUUCUACGUCUCCAGCACGCCCAUCAUAAUACAGAACCAAGUUGUAACGAGCUUCUACAGAGCGUCAAGGUUCCUGUUUGACCGCUUCCCCGAGAGAUGGUACACCCGUAUUUUGGGAGUGUGGGAGAUCAACGAGAGCAUGGUGUACGUGCCUGUGAAGGGAAUAGCGUACUACAUAUCGCCCCCUGCGAAUAUCAUGGCAGCCCUCAGGUCGCCCAUCCACUUUUUGAUAUACGCCACGUUUAUGCUCACCACUUCUGCGAUGUUCGCGUACUACUGGGUGGAGAUGAACGAGAGUUCGCCAGCAGAGGUGGGAAAACAGCUUGCCAAGCAGAAACUGAUUGUAAAGGGAUACUCCACACAGGGCACUCAGGAGAUGCUGAACAGAUACAUUCCCAUUGCAGCGAUUCUAUCGGGCGUGAUUGUCGGAAGUAUCAGCAUCAUGAGCGAUCUCCUCGACACCAUAGGAUCGGGGCAGAACAUCAUUCUUGCCGUUUCAAUUAUUGGACAGUACUUUGAGCUGUUUGUAAAGGAGCAGAUGAAGUACAAGGGAAUGGCAGGAAUGCAGUAG